AUGGACGGUCUAAAACGCGCAAGGAUAAAACGUGGCGCUCAACGUGCACAAGCAACUAAAAUUUGGAACGAAGCUGAACUACUCAUAAACGGUGAAACGAACGAAGUUAAUAUUGAGAAACUACGGGUCAUUCUGGCAACGUACGACGCGAAUGAGACUGUAUCAGAUCUAAUCAAAGACGAAAAGGGCUUAGAGACGGAGAUCGUUGAAGCCGACGACUAUUUAACGGAACUAACUAAAAAGAGGUACACCAUAGAAUUCUUUAUCAAUCAAAGUACAAUCCAUAGUAAUUCGUUAGCUAGCCCUAUGGCUACCACAACACCACAAAACGGACACGUUUUUCCUACUCAAG